UCAAACUCGUAAGACCAAAAUAAACUAUCUCGUUCUCACUGCUUCUUCUUUUCUCUGUUCCCUCAACCUUCCAAUAUGUUCGUCCCCUCAAUUUCCUCGCAACUCCUCUCUCUUUUCGUUCUUCUCUUCUCACUCUCCUCACUCCUCACAUAUGCAAAAUCCAACGAGCUUCAAAUUCUACUCAACGUAAAAUCUACCCUCCAAAAUUCAAACACCAAAUUCUUCAACUCAUGGAAUCCAAACAAUUCCGUUUGCAGUUUCAAAGGAAUCACCUGCAACUCAAUCAAUUCCGUCACAGAAAUAAAUCUCUCCCAUAAAAAUCUCUCCGGAACUCUCCCUCUAGACUCACUCUGCAACCUUCAAUCUCUCACUAAACUUGUCUUAAGUUUCAACUAUUUCCACGGCAGAGUCACAGAAAAUCUCACAAACUGUGUUAACUUACAGUUUCUAGAUCUAGGUAACAACUUUUUCACAGGAACGUUCCCAGAUAUAUCAUCACUUAACCAACUUCAAUAUCUCUACGUUAACAAAAGUGGAUUUUCUGGAACUUUUCCGUGGCAGUCUCUGUUAAAUAUAACGGGACUGUUACAGUUAAGCGUCGGAGAUAACGCUUUUGAUCUAACGCCGUUUCCUAAAGAGGUUUUGAAUCUCAAGAAACUUAAUUGGCUUUACAUGAGUAACUGUAACAUUGGUGGAAAUUUACCGGUUGGAAUCGGUAACUUGACGGAACUUACCGAAUUAGAAUUCGCCGAUAAUUUCAUCACCGGAGAACUUCCCGGAGAUAUUGUCAACCUUAAGAAACUCUGGCAGCUUGAAUUCUACAAUAAUUCAAUAACCGGAAAGAUUCCGAUCGGGUUUAGAAACCUACAAAAACUUCAAAAUUUCGAUGGAUCAAUGAACCAUUUAGAAGGAAAUCUCUCUGAGUUAAGGUUUUUAACCAAUCUCGUUUCGCUUCAACUCUUUGAAAACAAUUUAUCCGGCGAAAUUCCAUCGGAGUUAGGCGAAUUCAAACGUCUAAACGGUUUGUCCCUUUACAGAAACAAAUUAACAGGUCCUAUUCCUCAGAAGAUUGGUUCGAAUACAGAGUUUCAUUUCAUCGACGUUUCGGAGAAUUUUUUAACAGGUUCGAUUCCACCGUAUAUGUGUAACAAAGGAAAAAUGCACGCGCUUCUUAUGCUUCAGAAUAAUUUCACCGGAGAGAUACCGGAAACUUACGGUAACUGUUUAACUCUGGAGAGAUUAAGAGUGAGUAACAACUCGCUCUCGGGUACCGUUCCUUCCGGUAUUUGGGGAUUACCAAUUGUUGAAAUAAUUGAUAUUGAAUUGAAUCAGUUAGAAGGUUCUAUUACCUCAGAUAUUCAAAAGGCAAAAAACUUAGCAAUUAUAUUCGCAAGAAAGAACCGGUUAUCCGGUGAAAUACCAGAAGAGAUUUCAAAAACGACGUCGUUGGUGACUAUUGAUCUUAGCGAGAAUGAAAUUACUGGGAACAUUCCAGAAGGUAUUGGAGAGCUUAAAAUCCUUGGUAACCUUCAUUUACAGGUUAACAAGUUAUCAGGUUCAAUACCGGAAUCUUUAGGUUACUGCACCUCACUCAGCGACGUUGAUUUAUCAGGAAAUUUAAUUUCCGAUAAAAUCCCUUCGACGUUGGGUUUGUUACCGGCUUUAAAUUCUCUUAACUUCUCGAACAACAAACUCUCUGGUGAAAUACCUGAGAGUUUAACGUCACUUAAAUUGAGUCUCUUUGAUCUAUCUCAUAAUCGAUUAUCUGGUUUAAUACCAGUGGCUUUGACUAUUCAAGCUUACAAUGGAAGCCUCACUGGUAACCCAGGUUUAUGUACUCUUGACGCUAUUGGUUCUUUCAAGCGUUGCUCUGAAACUAAUGGAAUGUCAAAAGACGUUCUUGCCCUUCUCCUUUGUUUCACAGUAGCUUUGGUUUUGUUUCUUUGUUGUUUGGGUGUGUACUUGAAAUUGAAGAAAAGUGAAAAGGGUAAUAAAUAUGGAAGAGAACGUUCUUUGAAGGAAGAAUCAUGGGAUGUGAAAUCGUUCCAUGUAUUGAGUUUUACAGAAGAUGAGGUUCUUGAUUCAAUUAAGCAAGAGAAUCUAAUAGGAAAAGGAGGUUCAGGGAAUGUGUAUAGAGUCACACUUGCAAAUGGAAAAGAACUUGCAGUUAAACACAUUUGGAACACUGAUUUUACUUCAAGGAAAAAGUCAUGGAGCAGCACUCCGAUGUUAUCCAAGCGUGGUGCAUCGAAGUCGAAUGAAUUCGACGCUGAGGUUCAGGCUUUGAGUUCUAUAAGACACGUGAACGUGGUAAAGCUUUAUUGCAGUAUAACUAGCGAAGAUUCAAGUCUUUUGGUGUAUGAGUACAUGCCUAAUGGAAGUUUGUGGGAUAGGCUUCAUAGUAGUGGGAAGAUGGAGCUUGAUUGGGAAACAAGAUAUGAAAUUGCUGUUGGUGCUGCUAAAGGGUUGGAGUAUUUGCAUCAUGGGUGUGAGAGACCAGUGAUUCAUAGGGAUGUUAAGUCAAGUAACAUUUUGUUGGAUGAGUUUUUGAAACCUAGGAUUGCUGAUUUUGGACUUGCUAAGAUUGUUCGUGCAAACGUUGUUAAAGAUUCUACCCAUAUCAUAGCCGGAACUCACGGCUACAUUGCUCCCGAAUAUGGGUACACAUACAGAGUAAAUGAGAAAAGUGAUGUGUAUAGUUUUGGAGUGGUAUUGAUGGAAUUGGUAACGGGCAAAAGACCAAGUGAAUCCGAAUUUGGAGAAAACAAGGACAUAGUUAGUUGGGUUCAUGGGAAGGCAGGGAGUAAGGAAAAGUUUAAGAGUGCGGUGGAUUUGAGAAUUCCGGAGAUGUAUAAAGAGGAAGCUUGCAAGGUGUUGAGAACUGCUGUUUUAUGUACAGCAACUCUUCCGGCUAUGAGACCAAGUAUGAGAGCUGUGGUUCAAAAACUUGAGGAUGCUGCUCCUUGUAAAUUGGUUAGAAUUGUUAUCAGCAAAGAUGGGAGUGGAAAGAAAAUUGGAGUCAAUGACAAAUGAAGUGUUUAAUUUUAAAAGGUUGAAGUUUUUAGAUCAGUGAUCACUAAGGGAAACCAAUGUUUCACUACUUAAUUAGUUAUAGAUUGUAAAUUUUAAAGGGAAGAGGGAACAUUGUAAGAUACUACUAAGAAAAGAAGUAAAAAGUUCCCUUUUUAUUACUAUAAUAGGGUUCAAAUAACUGGUUUUGUCUGAUCUGUAUAAUAUUAGUAGUAGUACAAGAUGCUUGUGAUUAUAAUAUUUUUUUAUCACUGGACGGUUGUGAUUAUAAUGAUAAUCUAAUCACAGUUCUCGUAUGAAAAUGGUGGAUAUUCACACUGCUUUUCAAUUUGGGAUAUGCCUUAAAUUAAAUGUAAAUGCAAGUACUACAAGAUGAUUGUGAGAUGUGAGUGGACAAAAGAGAAGAAGUGGAGAAAGGACAAAUCUAAUUGAAUGCUUAAUUUGUUUUCAUGGAAAAGUCGGUCAAUGGAUAGCUGAAAUUCCAAAAGUAUGUUCAUGCAUCUCAUAUCAAAUUAUUGGGUGUGAUGAAUUUCUUGUAUUAUUAUUCAAUUCAAUGCGACUGUCCCCAUCAUCUCUUUCUUUACGAGGAAA